UUUGGAUGAGUAUGAUCUGGCAACCCUCUAACCGCCCCAUGUGUUAGCUCGCCACUAGCCCGAAUGCUGUUAUUGAUUCAUUUGUCAAAAUCUGAGCUGCUCAUCUGACAUAAUUAAAUAAAACAAGAUUUCAACAGACAUAUAGAUCGUUUGCCAUUGAUGAAAAUGACAUCGAUUGCGAUACCAGAAAAUACUAGAGUCUUUCUGCUGGAUAUCGAAGGAACCACGACGCCCAUCACGUUUGUUAAGGACAUCUUAUUUCCAUACAUCAGAGAGAAUCUGGAGGAGUAUCUGUCUGCUCACUGGGAAGAGGAUGAAUGUAAACAAGAUGUACAUCUGCUCAAAAAACAGGCUGAAGAAGACGUGAGGCAACAUAAAGCAUGUGCGGUCCAUGCAGUUGAUCAGACAGUACACACAGAUGAGGAGAAGGCCAUUCGUGAGGUUGUGGAGAAUGUGCUCUGGCAGAUGGAUGCGGACCGGAAAUCCACUGCACUUAAGCAGCUGCAGGGCCACAUGUGGAGAGCCGCCUAUCUGACAGGCAGAAUCAAAGGCGAGGUGUACCAGGAUGUGGCUCCAGCCAUCAGAAGUUGGAGACAUCAUGGUCUGAAGGUCUACAUCUAUUCCUCAGGAAGUGUGGAAGCACAGAAACUGCUGUUUGGCUAUUCUGUUGAAGGUGAUCUGUUAGAUCUGUUUAAUGGUCACUUUGAUACCAACAUUGGUGCAAAAGUAGAAAGUAAAAGCUAUGAGCGCAUCGCAGAGAGGAUCGGCUGCCAACCAGAAGAAAUCAUGUUCUUAACCGAUGUCACACGAGAGGCGAAGGCAGCAGAGGAUGCUGGGGUAAAUGUGGCCAUUGUAGUAAGACCUGGUAACAUGGAGUUAACUGAAGAGGAAAGGAGCCAUUAUACAAUCAUCUCAUCUUUCAGCCAAUUAGAACUGAUUGGGAGUGUUUGACAGCAAAAAACUGGGCUUAUGACAUUGGAUUGUUGGGGGAAAUGUAUUUUAGGUGGAAAAAUCCAAUUGUUAUCAUGUGUUGCUAUUCUACUGGAGCUGAGGUUCCCAGGUGCUUGUUUUGUGCACUUAAAACCCAUCUUUGAAUUAUAACACACCUACAUUCUUAAUGUUUAUGCAGCGUUAAUGUGUAGCAUAUGACAUACUAAUGUAAGGAAACUUGCAUUACAACAGAGCCCCUUAGAGGACAUGGGAAUUUAUUUUCUGAAAUUGUUUUGUGUUCCCUCACAAUAAAUUUGAUCCAUCCCUAAUGAUAAUUUAAUAAAAGUUUAAUUGCAUAGUUGAAGGUAUUUGUAGUAAAACCAUAGCAGCCACAAAAUGUACUAUUGUUUUACUAAAGUAACUAUUGUUUUUGUAGUUAAACAAUAACCAUGAAAUGUACCAUGGUUUUGACCACAUUAACAAUAUUUUCAACAUUAUUGCUUCAGUUUUACCAUAAAUAUAAUCCCAAUAAAGGGGGAAAAAAUCAUAAUUCUGUCAAAAACAGGGAUAUUUUUACUGUAGUAACACCAUGGUUAAUUUGUGGUACAUGUGCCAACAAAAAAUGUUUACAUAGUUACUGCAGGUUGACAAUAGUGCAACCAUGGUUACCGCAGUAGUUGAAUUAUAUUUACUGUAGUAAAAUCACUGUACAUUUUGUGGUUACUAUGGUUCUACUACAAAUACCAUAGUUGAACUACAGUUACUGUAGUAAAAUCACUGUAAAUGUUGUUUAUUAUGGUUUUACUGCAAAUACCAUAGUUAAACUAUACAGAAGUUAUUGUAGUAAAAUCACUGUACAUAUUUUGGUUACUAUGGUUUUACUACAAAUACUAUUGUUGAACUAUAGUUCCUGUAGUAAAACCAUGGUAAAGUUUGGGAUUACUAUGGUUUUACUACAAAUACAAUAGUUGAAGUACAGUUAAUGUGGUAAAAUCACUGUAAAUUUUGUUUACUAUGGUUUUACUACAAAUACCAUAGUUGAACUAUAAUUACUGUAGUAAAAUCACUAUAAAUCUUGUUUACUAUGGUUUUACUACAAAUACCAUAGUUGAACUAUAGUUGAUGUAGUAAAAUCACAGUAAAUUUUGUUUACUAUGGUUUUACUACAAAUACCAUAGUUGAACUAUAAUUACUAUAGUAAAAUCACUAUAAAUCUUGUGUUUACUAUGGUUUUACUACAGAUACCAUAGUUGAACCAUAGUUACUGUAGUAAAACCAUGGUUCAUUUUCGUAAGGGAUGGAUAAAGGGAUUGUGGGGGAACUUAAAACUAUUUCAGAAAAUAAAUUCCCUCCUUGUACUCUAAGGGGCUCCGAACAUUUUAAGUGCAGUGUUAGUUUUGAAUAAAAGUAAUUGUACUUGACUACCUAGACAUAGAUUUUUUUUUGUCAUUGUACCUCAUGUCAAGUGUUGAUAUGUCUUGUAAAACUCAGUAGUAAAUGUUGUUGUAAAAUUUAAUUCCAAAUGGAUACCUCUAACCAAUGACAUUUAGAUACACCUGCACCCCAAAACAGUGAAAUCACUCUCAUUGAAUGUUUGUUUUAGUAACAAAAAUACAAAAUUAAGACCAAUGUUAGAGAUGUAUUACAAGAUUUAACAUCAAGCUGUUUGAUUUAAGUAUAAAAUGCUGCAUAAACUACUUUAAGAUUAUGGAGGAUGUUAUCAAUAUGAAAAAACAAAAAAAAAACAUGAAAAUAGAUUCCAUCUCACUUAGUUUUUUCUUUUUUCACAUUAAAGGAAUAGUUCUCCCAAAAGUCACUUCAGGGUAAACUGUUCCUUUAAUUGCAGUGUGUAAAGUUUAAUAGUGUCUCCACACUGUCCUGCAUCAUUUGUAAUCAAAAAGGCAUAUUUUAAAUCUUAACUGUCAACAUCUUUGAAGGAUUCUCUUGCCAAAAGUGAUGCUAUAUCUUCUCAUGUUGAAAGUGUCCUUGUUGUUUCACUCAUUUGACAUAUAAACACAGAACA